AUGGCUCACCAACGCGCACCCGAGCUUGGUGCUACUUUUGUCCCUGGCGGAUGGGACGACUAUUCCAUGCCUGAGGUCGUAGCUCCCUCACCCCAAAGAGUGACCCCCCAGGUCCCCCAGAACAUGCAAGACGACCUUCAGCGCAUGGAACUUGAAGCCAGAGAAGAACCCAAGACCACCACCGGCGAUUCGAAAGCGCGCCACGCCCGAGACCCUUCCCUCUCGACCUUCAUCGGGCAAUCGCAAGAGGGCUCCCAACCCCAACACCAGCAGUCACAGCAACCACCACAACGACCACCAAAACAACCACAUCAGCCCCAGCAGCCACCUGUGGCAUCCCAGCCACAAACAUACGGCGGAAAGAGCAGCAACACCACGUCCGCCGCCGCUCCCCCACAGAGCCAAACAGAUCAAGGCGGCAUAAAAGCAUACACCGGCAUCAUGGAUCUGCCUGACAACGCGGGGUCUCUGGGCCCUUCCUUCUCCCCCUUCCCCAAGGUCAAAGGCGACACCAUCCCCCCCUCUGACGAAGAAAAGGAGGACAUUCUCUGGAAGGCUCGCAAGCACGUCCUUGGCUCCCAGAACGUGUCGAUGCAAAUCACAUGGGCUCGAGACGUCCUCAACUGGGUUGAGAUUGUUUCAGAGGCCGCAGUCCGAGAAAACCGGGACAACCCCCGACCUUCAACACCCCGCACCGAGCAUGAGCUGAGGGUUGAUGCUCUCAACAUCAUCACAUACCUUGCCGAGCAGGACCACCCUCAGGCCCUCUACAUCCGAUCGAAAUGGCUCGAGUUUGGGAAGUUCGGCAACCGCAUCGACCGCAGAGAAGCCUACAAUGGCUACAGACGGGCUGCAGAGCUUGGCCACCCACGCUCAGAGUACCGCAUGGGUAUGCUCUUCGAGCAGUCCAACGACACAUCAAAGGCCAAGGAGCAUUACUACCGGGGAAUGGCUCAGCAGGAUUCCGCUUCCCUCUACCGUCUGGGCAUGAUGAGUCUUCUGGGUCAGCUCGGUGAGGCCAAGGACUACCAGACUGGUCUGGACCGCAUCAGAGCAGCUGCCGACAAUGCUGACGAGGACUCCCCUCAGGGUGCCUUUGUCUACGGUAUGCUUGUUGGUCGAGAGCUUCCCGACAUCUAUAUUCCGGAUUCGAUGCUGCCCAACAGCCCCCAGACCUCAAUGAUGUACAUUGAAAAGGCGGCCUACCUGGGUUUCGCCAAAGCACAACACAAAAUGGGCCAGGCUUUUGAGCUGUGCCAGCUUGGCUGCGAAUUUAAUCCCUCUUACUCCAUCCACUACUAUGGCCUCGCUGCCAACCAAGGCAAUGCCGAGGCUGCCCUGGGAGUGAGCAGAUGGUUCCUGUUUGGCUACGAGGGCGUCUUCAAGAAGAACGAGGAGCUCGCCUUCAAGUACGCUCAACAAGCGUCCGAUGCUAAACUUCCCACUGGCGAGUUUGCCAUGGGUUACUAUCACGAAAUCGGUAUCUUUGUUGAGAAGAACCUCAACGAGGCACGAGUUUGGUAUCAGCUUGCAGCUGACCAUGGAAACAAGGACGCUCUCGGACGCCUGGAGUCUCUAAACCAGGACAAGACUCUGUCAAAGCAGGACCACGAAACCACAACGCUUACCAGGAUCAAGUCUCAGCAUGGAUCACAACGAGGCAAGCGACCUGAUCGUUUCAAGCAGCCUCAACAAAUGCCGACCGUAAGCGAGAGCACACCCCAAACUCCAGUCAACGAUGCCGCGCCUGGCCUGCCACUGCCCGCGUCACAUGCUUCUCCAGGAGCACGGCCGACAGUUGUCGAGCACGUCAACUUCCCCGAUCCCUCGAGGGCGUCGAUCAUCGAUACGAGCGGUAUCCCCGGUGGCGACAGACCCGCCUUUGGAGUUCGCGUUGACACUGCUGGGUCUGGUCCCGCCCGGCAGUCGACUGCCCCCUACCCCGAGGACGAGAGGAAUCUUCCUAUUCAUGGAGGCCCACCCAAGGGCCCAGCGCCAUACCCCGAGGACGAUCUACGAGGCCCUCCUCAGGGCUACAAUGGCGGUCGCCCAGGCCCAGGCCCAGGCCCAGCAUUUGGCAUCAAGCCUCAAGGCCCUCCUCAGGGUCAUCCUCAGGGUCCUCCCCAUGGCCCCCCCGGCGGCCCUGGUGGUCCUGGCCAACGGCCAAUGGUGCAUGGCAGCCAGUCCAUGAACAACCUUCACCCUGCCCCUGGCUCAUAUCCUGACCCUCGUGGCCGGGUGGCUUCUGCCGGCCCUGGAGCAUUCAGACAGAACAGUCCAGGGCCAGGAGGACCACACAGUCCUACCGGCGGCAACCCUCAGAUGCGCCCCAACAGCGCUGCUCCCUAUCCCAACCAGAACCAAGGCAGAGUGCCAAAGCAGGGCCCCCCAAUGGGAAACCCUCCUUACGAUCACCGCCCUCCCUCCGCAGCACCUCCUCAGGGAGAUCCACGCUACUCCCGCCAGCAAGGCGGCCACCCCGGCGCCGGAUACCCUCAACCGCAACAACAAGACCCACGAUACCAGAGAGGCCCGAACGAUCCUGGCCGUCCUCCCAUGGGUCAUCCUGGGGCUGGUGGUCCUAUGCCUGGAAGAUCAGGCACGGCACCGCCAGGACAGAUGCAGAUGCAAAGGCCCGAGAGCAAGCCAAGCCCUGCGCCAUCUGUACAAAGCGCUCCUCCCAAGCCAGCCAAGGCCGCCAGUGCUCCACCGAGUAAAGGACCGGCAACCUUCGAGGAUAUGGGUAUUCCACAAGGAAAGCAGGAUGGAGAUUGCGUUGUAAUGUAA